GAAACAGGACUGAAUGCACACAAGCAGCUGGCGUUUAAAAUGUUAUGUGCUGCCUGGUCUUACGAAUCUACUGUGAAAAUAACCGCUCCAUUGGCUGACGAAGACGAUACAGGACCAACCAGCAGACUGAUUUCAUUCUCCUUUCAUUCACUGCUGCUGUGGUCAAACUACUCAGACCUUCAUCCAUCUAUCCAUCCAGCGGUUGCUCGGCUUCUCCAACAUGAAUCAAAGUGCGGGAGCAGCCCAGCACAGUCGCAGGUAUUCAUGUGAUGACAAGGACAUGGGGCAAAGAGGACCAGACAGGAACUGGAAAGGGAUCGGUAUUGCCCUACUCGUUAUUAUGUUGGUGCUUUCGCUUAUUGGACUGUCAAUCGUUCUGCUAUCAAAAGAUAACCGCAAUCAAUUUUCUGGCUCCCACUUGACCUUGGAUGACAUCUUCCAUCGGAACUUCCAAAUACAUGAUCCUGAUGCUAAGUGGCUCAAUGAAAAAGACGUUGUCUUCCUCAACUGGGAUGGACAUUUAUUGAAAGCCAACACAGAGAACAACAAGACAGAACUCUUGCUGCGAAACACAACUUUUUCCACCUUUAAAGCCUCAAAGUUUGCAGUUUCUCCUGAUCUGAACUUGGUUCUUCUGGGAUAUGAUGUCAGCCAGGUUUACCAGCACUCUUUCUUAGCGUCAUACCUCAUCUUCAAUCUAAACACCAGGGAAGUGAUUGAGUUAAAUCCUCCAGAAGUAUCAAAUGCUGUUCUCCAGUUGGCUUCAUGGGGUGUUAGUGGUCAGCAAUUGAUAUACAUUUUUGAAAACAACAUUUACUACCAAGCAGAUAUGAAGAGCAGCUCAUUGAGGCUCACUUCUUCUGGACAGGAUGGUGUCAUCUUCAACGGCAUUGCAGACUGGCUGUAUGAGGAGGAGGUUUUGCACUCUCAGGCAGCUCACUGGUGGUCACCUGACGGCUCAAGACUGGCCUACCUGACAAUUAAUGACUCGCUGGUGCCAAAGAUGCUACUGCCCUCUUAUUUGGGCUCACUGUACCCCCGGGGUCAAGAGUAUGCGUACCCUAAGAUGGCUCAAAUCAACCCAUCUGCAAAGCUAUAUGUUGUAAUCCUCAAUGGCAGCUCCCAAGCAACUGAAGUGUUACCUCCUGACAGUCUACACAGGAGUGAAUACUACAUCACCAUGGUGAAAUGGGUGACGGCAGACAAGCUAGCUGUGCGCUGGGUGACCCGGGCACAGAACAUGUCCAUUCUUUCCCUCUGUAAUGUAAUCACCAAUACCUGCGCAAAGGGACAUGUGAUGAUGUCAGACAAGUGGCUGGAUCGUCAGAAUCAAGAACCAUUCUUUUCGAAGGACCACACAGUAUUCUUCAUGGCACUGCCGUUGAAACACGGCCUUCUCGGGACAUUCCAGCACGUCACCAUGAUCUCCACCCAAGGACAAAAUGUCAAACUUAUUCCUUUAACUUCAGGAUGCUGGGAGGUGUCUCAAAUUCUUGCAUAUGAUGAGAACACUCAAUCAGUUUUUUUCUUAAGUAAAGAAAACAGCACAACGCAGCAACAAUUAUACAGUGUUUUGACUGCGGAGCCAUUUUAUAAACGAUGCCUCACGUGUGCCCUCUUCAAGUCACACUGCACGUACUACGAUGCUGAGCUCAGCACAAACUAUCAGCAUGUUCUUCUACAUUGUCGAGGCCCUGGAAUACCACAAACUACUCUGCACAGAUUAGACAACAUGGAGGACCACCAGGCCCUGGAGAUGAAUGCCGUAUUACGACAGUCACUGAGCAACAGGAAGGUACCUCAGCGCGAAAAAAGAACUGUGCAAAUCAACAAUUUUGCACUUUCUAUGGAAUUAAUUGUACCAGUGGAUUUUGAUGAAACAUACGAACAUCCACUUCUACUAAUGCUGGACAGCGCCCCCGGUGGUCAGGCUGUGAGUGAUCGCUUCAGUCUCAGUUGGGAUUCCGUGCUGGUCAGUUCAGACGACGUCAUCGUGGCUCGCCUGGAUGGGCGAGGCAGUGGCUUCCAGGGCCAGAGAGUUCUUCAUGAGGUCGACAAGAGACUAGGAACUGUGGAUGUUCAGGACCAGAUCGCAAUUGUAAAACAUCUCAUGAUGCUCCCUUAUAUCGAUGGUAACAGAGUUGGAGUUUAUGGAAAGGCAUAUGGAGGUUUUCUUACAUCCAUCCUGCUACUCUCCUACAGCUCGACGUUCAGCUGUGGUGUAGCAGUAGCUCCUAUCACAAACUGGAGGCUUCAUGGGUCUACCAUUACUGAGAAAUAUUUUGGAUUUCCGGCUGAAGAUGAUCACAAGUAUCAGGUUUCCAGUCUACUUGGUGAUGUCACUGGACCAGUUUUAUUGAAGUUCCUUAUUAUCCAUGGCACAGCAGACGCUAAUGUUCAUUUCCAACAUUCUGCGGAGUUGAUCAAGCACCUGUCUGAGUCGAACCACAACUACACUCUGCAGAUUUUUCCGGAUGAAGGACACGUUUUUGCGUCUAUCAAGAGUCAACGCUACAUGCUGAACUCGGUGGUCGCCUUCUUUAAGGACUGCUUUGAUAAGGAACAGACCGAGGACCAAAAUGCGUCUAAAGAUGACGACUAAAGAUGGGAUGGAGAAUGUUCUGCGAUGAGACUGUCCAAGAAUGUAGAACCAGCAUGGACUUACCUUUGCGGUCCUGAAGGUUUACCUUCCAAAGCGACUUAUUACAGAGCACUUAAGCAGCAAACACAGCACAUAUUCCGAAGCCUAUUUAACCAUGUCGUCAUGUCUACAAUGCAGAAAAAACAACUGCAAUAUUUAUAUCAUGCAAGGCAGUAUUACAGCCACUCUGAAAGUAAACAUAUAUUGUGUUGUAAUUAAUAAAUGUCAAAAGUCUCCAUGCAGUCAUUGUGUACGUUGUACCACCAGAGGGUGCCAGCUAUUGUUCUUUGGAUGGAGAAUCGCCUCAAAAUAGGCUGCUAUAUACAAUUAAUAACCAUAAUUAUAUGCAAUUAUUAUUGCAAUUAACCAUCUGCUAUAUUAAAAUGGUUUGAAUUACACAACCCUGAGACAAGUCAUAAUUGUCUGCUCAUAUUAAUCUCUUACACUUGCCGUUAAUAUGUGGAAUUAGAAUUGAGAUAAAGGGCCUGUACAAUUCCAAGUAAUAAAUACUAAAUACUGUGAAAAAAACAUGGCAUGUACUUUUCGUGGGCGUGUUGCGUGUUAUCUACUAAGGUCGAUUGAUAACAAGACCUAAAGUGGUGCAAAAUGCCCUAUUUAAAUGUGGAUUUUGUUUGGAGACAAUGGAGACACUCAUUUACUGCACAUCCAUGUUAUCAGGCUCCAUAAUUUGGUGUUUUGUUGUGGAACAUGCAGCAAAAAACUAUAAUCUGUAGCACAUAGAAUACCUCCUGCAUUUCCAUCUACAACAGAACCUACCGUAUUUUCCGCACUAUAAGGCGCACCUAAAAACCACAAAUUU